CAGCGCUUGUACUUCGCCUUGCUUUGCGAAAGAUUACACUAAAAACUCUGUGGCCAAAAGCAGAGUUCUUCUCUCAAAUGGGGCUCCGCCGGAUCGUAUUUGCAGUAGUGGUGGUGGUGAUGUGAGCCAAGGUGAAUUAAGAGGAGCUAAAUGUCGUCUAAGUUGAUGGGGGAAACAAAAGCACACUGUAGUCCUGCAGUCCAUAAAGUAUUCGUGGAUGCUUGUUUGGAUCAGACUUUGAAGGGUAAUAGACCCUUUUCGUGUUUCACCAAGUAUGGAUGGGACAAUAUCUUAACAGGCAAUGAACGGAAUAGAUGGGUUGCAUAUUGACAAGAAGCAGUUGACAAACCACUGGGAUAUCACAAAGGAGAAUUGGAAAAUCUGGUUCAAGUUAGCUACCACUAGAAUGAUGAAAUGGAACCCUGAAACUGGGUCGUUUGGAGCAACUGAUGCAGAUUGGAGCAACUAUUUGAGGGUAUGUUCAGUAUUAUUUUUAGUAGCUGGUUGCUGUUUUGAGUUAGUAAGCACUUCUCUGUUGAAUGUCUGUAGGAGCACCCUGAACCUGUAAUAUUUCGGUUCAAAAUGCUUCAGCAGUGGCCAGUGGGACAAGCUCGAAAUCGUUUUUGAUUUUAUGAGCCUGGAAGAUGGAAGGGAAAGUCUGCCUCUAGAAUGUUCAGAGGAUUUGAAAUCAACAACCUCUUUGAUUAGUUUCUGGUAGUGGUAUUGGUUGUCACUAUAACGAUGGAAGAGCAGCUGUAGCAAGUGAACAGAGCAUGUGUGGCAGUACCUCAGUUAGAUUAGGAAAGCCGCACUUCUCGUGGACUUUUUCUGAGGCAUCCCUCAAAACUUUCAUUGAUCUGUGUUUGGAGCAAGUUUCAAUUGGUAAUAAAUGUGGAUCUCAUUUGUCCGAGGAGGGAUGGAUAAACCUUAUUGAUUCAUUCCACAUAAGGACUGGUGUCAUGUUAAACGAGGUCCAGUUCAAGAAACUUUGGGAUUCUGUGAAGAAGCGGAGGAUUUGGUCUAAGUUGGUUGCCACUAGUUACAUGAAAUCGGAUCCAGUUGCCCAUAAAUUUGGAGCCACUGAAAAGGGAAUGGAAGAACUACAUCCAUGUAGGUCAAAUCUAGCAUCAAUCCUUCUGUCAUAUGUCCCUGGUUGAUAAUAAUAUCAUCAUUGCUAGCUCUCUCUUGUUAGGAAUUCCCAGAAGCUGCCCCAUUUCGGUUAAAGGGACUCCAGUUUGCUGACAGAUUAGACCUACUUUUAUAGGGAACAACAGUUGCUGACCACUAUGAUGCUAAACCUGUUAGUCAGCGCAGAAGGCUCGACCAUGAUGAUCUAACUAGAAAAGCUGGUGAAUCAUGGAGUUCACUGAUAAUGCAGCAAUACGAUAUAGGUUUGUUAUACACUUGGACUGCAGAAGCUAGACCAAGUUACAGUGUUGGAGACUGCAUUGAGCGUCUCGAUGGGAUGAAAGGGGUAGAGCUAGGAAGUGAACUCUAUUUAUUUGCAUUGGACAUAUUCAUGAAGAAAGAGUGCAGAGAAAUCUUUCUCGAGUUGAAAAACCCUAGUAUUUGGAUUGCAUAGUUGAAGAGGCUGAUGCUAUCAGCUGGUUCUCUUAACCAUUAGACUCAAUCUGUGUGUUUAUACAGCAAGCAGUUACUGCAUUGUCAAUUAACUUCUCUUCGUAUCAAAUAUAUACAGCAUCUCUCUCAUUUACAACAGAAUUUUCAAGCUAGGAACUACAACAAUUUACAAUGCACGUUGGUAACGAAGCUAGGAAGCUGUUAAUAGGGAAUCAGACACUGUGUGAAAUGGUCUCUUUGGGCAGAUUUGUUGAGAUCCUGAAAUCUUGAAAGUAGUAGUCAUAGUAGUAGUAUUCUGGGUUUGGUAGCUUGAAGACACGCGUUCCUGAACUUGGAGGACCUGUAGUAAGAGCAUCCAUCUGGCUGCUGAUUAUUGCUGCUACCCGAAUGCCUCGCGUCUCCACCAAAACUCUUUCUCUUGAAAAGUAUUCAAUUGCAGAAUGCUCCAUUUCGUCAUCUGAUCUCAGAACCAGUGAGGACCAGCCUCCGUAUCCUGCAGAAACGAGUUGCUGCACAGUGGCAUUUCUUUCCUUCUCUUGAUUUCUAGAUAUCAAAACUAGCGACCAUCCACUAGCUUGAAGUUUCUUGUACACUCUCAGAAGCAGCACUUGUUGUUGAAACUGUCUGGAAAACAAGGAAAAUACAUUUCGCCUUAUUGAAUGAACUGAGAUCAAAGAUAAACCUACUUCUUGUUUAUAUUAAAUCAAGGGUUGAAGACAGAUCUCAGGAUGGGUUUUACUUGGAGUUGAAGAUAAUACUGUUGUCUAUGUCAAUCAACACUGCAGCAUCUAGACCAUUAUCAUCAGAAGGUUUGACUCCAUCGAAGUAUCCCUCGACAACCCAGAGACUAGCGGCCAGGUCUCUCUCGUAUUCACCACCUGCAGCCACCUGAUUGUGGUAAUCAGCAAUAUGAUCCCAGCACAUUGGAGGCAGUAAGUCUGGUGUUUUCAGGUUGUUGAGCUCUGCAAAGCUCUUGCAUUGAUGGUAACUCAUCAGAAAACCAGCAGUGUGAAUUUGUUGUGGCGUCGUCUCUUCCAUAACUCCUUUGCUCCUGUUCUCACAGGAUUGGAGCAUUACUGUCAGCAGAAUGAGCAAGCUGAUCAUCAACACUCCUGCUGUGACAAGGAGAGCAAUGAACAUCGUUGCAGCGAAUGAUGUCAUGUAGAAUCCCGACUCCAUCACAUAUUGGCUUCUCAUCUCUUCUGGAUCAAGAACACCCAACAACAAGAAAACUCAUAAAUCUGUAUAAUGUUUGCAGAUACAAAAUGGUGAUCAAUUUCCAUGUCACUUUGAAGAAGGGAGGGUUUUCUACCAGAAUCUUCUCCGCUAGAUAGGCUACCAGCAGAGAACUCCCUCUCCAUUUGGUGGGCAUAUGCUGACAUUUUUCUAUAACCAAGAGGAUCGUUCAAUAUCCUUCCAGAGGACUGAAAAGCAUCCUAUAAGAACACGACACAACAUUUCAAACACAGAAAAAGGAGGGGAAUGAGAAGUGAGAAGAAACAGAGCAGCUUACAAGCAGAAGAAGAAGAUGAUGAUUCAGCCAUGAUGCCACCACCUGCUACAGGAAAAGGCCCUCCUGCAUCUGUCUAGUUGUUUCCUCACUGAUUUAAUCAUGUUCCCCAGCAGCAAAAGAGGAAGACGGUAAAACAAAGCCCAAAGAUUGAAUCUUUUUUACUCUUAAAAACACAUGGAAGGAAGAUCUACCAUAUGCAAUGAUGAUCCGCUCCACCUGUGAAUCUAACAGCAAUAUCGCAGAACUGGGUUGCAGGCGAUGCCAAAAAAACAGCCCAAACCAAGGAAAGCAAAUAUCUGGAGAGAGAGAGGUGGAGUUAAUAAUUGCUGCCUGGGCUGGGGAUGCAAAUGGCUGCUUAAAUUUAUGGAACUAGGAUUGCAAUUAUGAAGAUGAAAGAGAUGCCGGGAGACACUGAGACUCUGAGAUCGAGCAUAUGACCAUGGGUGGAUUAUGGAGAAAGAGACAGGUUGAUUUCUUGUACUCUCUCAUGGAGGAAGAACGUGGCUCCACAGGGAGGUGACUUUUCGGUGUAUGGCAUGGUUUAGUAUUUUACUUAAAUUAUCUUCUGAUGGUGAUUAAGCCGAUAAACAUUAUUGGCAAGGAUGGUCAUUGGAUAAAGACUAAUAACAUCCACCUAACCCUCUGGCCUCUGGGAGAUGAUAACAUUUGGGAUUAAGGAAAAAGCCCAAUUCCAGCAAAAAUCAGACGAACUGGACAUAACUACCGACGUCGAUAGCCCAGCCCACUACCCAAUCGUAGCCCAUACUUUUAAACAGAGUGGGACCACCACGGGAAAACAAGUUAGGUUUUUUUAGCACGACGGCGUCGCCGCAAGCGGAAGAGCGGACUCCGCGCCGCCGGGAGGAAAAGGAAAAAGAAGUGGCACACAAAUCGUUCUAGGCUCUCUACAGUAUAUAUACUAUUGAUCUUGAACUCGAGCUAUCUAUCCCUUUCUUUUCGAUCUUCCGUCAAUGGUGGUCGGCGCUUCUUCUAGGGUUCUCAACGGCAGCAGCCAUUUCUCAUCGUUGGCUUGGCUCCACCGUCAGCCCCCGGACUUCGAAAGCCAAGUUUGGUUUUCCCUUCGAAUGCCUCCCUCCCUCCUCUCUUCUCCUUCUUAUUCGCCUGUAUCGCUCAUGCAGCAUCUCUGCGCCGAAAAUGAAGAAACCAAAAUUGUCAAAGACAUUGCUCUUGCAUGAUGUUUGGUGCAAUUGAAUUGAGUUAGUUUGGUGAUAUAGGUUAAGAGGGUAAGUUUAUAAGGAAAGGAUGCUCAUCCAGCCAAUUCAGAUCCAAUUAUGUGCAGAGCCAAGUGCGAAGACUCGGGAGCUGAAACUAAAUUUUGAUUCUUUAUUUGCACUCAAGUGUAGAAAAUAGAAGCAUUACUGCUAUGUUAAUGUUGUUAAUACUGGGUUGCAUUAUCUCCAUGGGAAAGUGGUAAAAGCAGAGCCACAAAUACAUUGAGCGAUGGCAAUCUAAGCAGCCCGCGCUAUCCAUUCAUAUCAGCAGCCCCCAUCCAUCAUCCACGUGUCAUUACACUGUUAACUGCUUAUCUAUCUCCCCACUCCCGCAACAAACCAACUGGAAGACGCCAGCCAUCAACAGAUUAAGUUUCCUUCUAGUUCUGGUUUUGGGAUCUAGACAUCAGUUUUUGGGGAAGGUCAUCUAGCUAUCUAUCAUGGAGACUGGUAUAGCUUACUGUGGUCGUGGGGCAUUCAUGCCUUCACAGCAUUCAAAAUCUUUGGUGUCCCCUUCAUCCAUCUCUCCUUCCUUCAGCUCCAGGAGCCUGAAGUCAAGCUCAUUGUUUGGAGAAGCUUUGAGGCUGGUUCCAAGAUCUUCAUCGUCAUUUAAGGUUUCCAAGGCAAAGAGCACUGCUAUCAUCACCAGAAGUGAGAUUGGUGACAGUCUGGAAGAGUUUUUGAAAAAGGCAACCACAGACAAGGGACUGAUCAGGGUGCUGACUUGCAUGGGAGAGGCAAUGAGGACAAUCGGGUUCAAAGUAAGGACAGCAUCUUGUGGAGGAACUGCGUGUGUCAACUCCUUUGGAGAUGAGCAGCUUGCUGUUGAUAUGCUUGCUAACAAGGUGCUCUUUGAGGCCUUGGAGCACUCUCACUUCUGUAAAUAUGCUUGCUCUGAGGAAGUACCUGAGCUUCAAGACAUGGGAGGACCUGUUGAAGGUGGAUUCAGUGUUGCCUUUGAUCCACUGGAUGGAUCGAGCAUUGUGGACACAAAUUUUGCAGUUGGCACCAUCUUUGGAGUGUGGCCAGGAGAUAAGCUAACUGGGGUUACAGGUGGGGAUCAAGUGGCUGCUGCCAUGGGGGUUUAUGGUCCUCGGACUACUUACGUUCUUGCAAUCAAGGGCUACCCUGGCACUCAUGAGUUCCUCCUUCUGGAUGAAGGAAAAUGGCAGCAUGUGAAGGAAACCACCGAAAUCGGCGAAGGAAAACUAUUCUCACCUGGAAACUUGAGAGCAACAUUUGACAAUCCUGAUUAUGACAAGCUGAUCAACUACUAUGUCAAGGAGAAGUACACCUUGAGAUACACAGGAGGAAUGGUGCCGGAUGUGAACCAGAUCAUUGUGAAAGAGAAAGGUGUCUUCACCAAUGUCAUAUCGCCAACUACCAAGGCGAAGCUGAGGUUGCUGUUCGAGGUAGCUCCACUAGGGCUCUUAAUUGAGAAUGCCGGAGGUUACAGCAGCGAUGGCCACCAAUCUAUUCUAGACAAGGAGAUCAUUGGACUGGACGACAGAACUCAAGUUGCUUAUGGGUCCAAACAGGAGAUCAUUCGGUUUGAAGAAACUCUAUAUGGGAAGUCAAGGCUCAAGGAGGCUGGUGGUGUUCCUGUUGGUGCUGCUGCUUAA